CGCCCUGUAUAUAGAUGUAUGCGGAAUUGGAAGACGUCAGUUAAACCCAAGAGCCUGGUAAGAUGGGUCCUAAGGUGUCUUGUGUGGUACUUGCAGCGUGUCUGGUGCUGGCAGGAGCGGAGUACAGAAACGAUGGUUUUGAUUUCAGAGGCUUCGUGCCGAGUUUCCAGAGGACUGAGGACCAGCUUGCAGAACCUUCAGCCAGGAUCGAGAAAAACCGAGAUGAGAGAGACAAUCAGGCUGACAGAACGCAGAGAUUUGGCAUAUCCUCGUAUGGCAGCACUGGGAGUGGUAGCUACGGCAGCACUGCUCCGGGACUGUACGGACCAGUGAAGAUAGAUCUUGGCGGAGUGCUCAUAGGAUCUAUACUGGGCUUUGGAGCUGUCAUCAUCCUACCUAAGAUCAUCCACGCCUUGUCUUACAGCUACGGCGGAGGAUAUGGGCGCAGUCUGGACACCGACUUUGGACAAGUAUCAGAAGUGUUUGGUAAAAUCGAUGAGAUGUUGAGCAGAUACAACGUGGACUCGACGGCUUGUAUGCAGCGGCUGGCAUGUUCCUACGUGCAGUUGGCUAACGAAAACAUGAUCAGCGGUAACGCUACGGACUUCGAUGUUUUAUUAUCUUCGUUGUCCAAUAACACUUUAGUCCGUCGUAUGCUGGACGGCACGGCAGUGUUCGACGCGGUGUCAGCAGGACGGUCGCCAGACUCGGACUGCCACGAACUCUACCACAAAUGCAAACUAGACAAGAAGACAGUCGUCAAAAUGCUCACUCAACUCGUGCCCUCAUAGAAUUUAUAACAAUGUUACCUCAAUCUAGAAUACAUUUUUAAUAAACAGUUUGAAUAUAAAUACUUGUCUUACAAUUAUUUAUUUAAUACAACAUUCCAUUUGGACUUCGAUACGAGACAAUG